AUGAGUAAUCCUGCUUUAACUGAAUGUCUGUCAUUUGGGGCCGGAGACCAUUGUCUGGGUCAACAAGCUGUGCCAUUUCUAACCAACCUGCAGGCUUCUCUCAAGGUUUUUCUGUUGCAUGGGAACUUGGACAUUUGGAUCAGGGAGGCCAAAAACCUUCCCAACAUGGAUGUUCCUAAAAAUCUAGGACAAAUGCUUUCGAUAUUGCCUGGGAAAGUUGUCAGCCAUAUAGAAGACCAGAUGUCUAAGAAAAUGACCAGUGAUCCCUAUGUCGUAGUCUCACUAUCAGGUGCUAUAAUUGCCAGGACUCGUGUGAUUCCUAACAGUGAAAACCCUGAUUGGAUGCAGCAUUUUAAUGUCCCCGUAGCACAUUCUGCUGCUGAAGUGCUUUUUGUUGUCAAUGACGAGGAUCCUACUGGUUCCGAUAUUAUAGGUGUUGUGGGAAUUCCAGUGGAGGAAUUAUACUCUGGGAUGAAGAUUGAUGGAACCUUCCCCAUUCUUAGUGACAGUGGGGAGCCUUGUAAGGCUGGUGCUGCAUUGAGUUUGUCGAUUCAGUACACCCAAGUGGAGAAAGUCGUGAACCUUUAUCAAGGGGUCCCAGGUACCUACUUUCCACUUAGGAGAGGUGGAAAAGUGACACUCUAUCAAGAUGCACAUGUUCAUGUUGAUGAUCAUGAACAUGGUUGCCUUCCCAAUUUGAAGCUUGAUGGUGAUGUUCAAUAUGAGCACAGGGAUUGUUGGCAUGACAUCUAUGAAGCAAUAAAACAGGCAAAACGUUUGAUAUACAUUGCAGGGUGGUCGGUGAACCACAAUGUUAGACUGAUUCGAGAUGGUAAUAUUGCAACAACUGAUGAUUGCAUGUUGGGGGAUCUGCUCAAGGCCAAAGCACAGCAAGGUGUAAGGGUGCUGCUCCUUGUAUGGAAUGAUCCUUCUUCUAUCAGCAUUGCGGGAUAUAAACAGGAAGGCAAAAUGAAAACCAACGAUGCCGAGACUCGCGAUUUUUUCAAGCACACUAAGGUGCAAGUGCAACUGUGCCUCCGACCUGCCUGGACCAAUCAUAGCUGGGCCGAGAAAUUGGAAUUUCGCAAAUGUAUCUAUUCCCACCAUCAGAAAACAGUGAUUGUGGAUGCUGACGCAGGUCACAAGAAAAGAAAGAUAGUAGCAUUUAUUGGAGGUCUUGAUCUAUGCAUUGGCCGAUAUGACACUCCAAAACAUCCUCUUUUCAGGACUUUACAAACUGUGCACAAAGACGACUAUAAUAACCCUACCUUCAAGGAGCCUCCUGUUGGUUGUCCAAGACAACCAUGGCAUGAUUUGCAUUCUCGUAUUGAUGGUCCUGCUGCAUGGGACAUCCUCACCAAUUUUAAGGAGCGCUGGUUGAGGGCAUCAAAACAACAUGAUAAUGCGCAACACAAAUUUGAAAGCUAUUAUGCUGAUAUCAUUAAUGGGAUGGCAGAUAUUCCUUCCCAAAGUCACAAUGAUCCUGAGGAUUGGCAUGUACAGGUUUUUCGUUCAAUUGAUUCCAUUUCUGUGAAAGGAUUUCCGGAUCUGAAGGACUCAAAAGGUGCUAUGGAAAAGAAUCUUGUAUACGGGAAGAAUGUGCUGAUAGACAUGAGCAUCCAUACAGCAUAUGUGAAUGCAAUCCGCGCUGCCCAAAAAUUCAUUUAUAUUGAGAACCAGUUCUUCCUCGGAUCCUCGUUCAACUGGGAUUCUCACAAAGAUAUAGGUUCAAACAAUUUAAUACCAAUGGAAAUUGCUCUCAAAAUCGCCAACAAAAUAAAAGCCAAUGAGAGAUUCUCUGCAUAUAUUGUUAUCCCAAUGCGGCCAGAAGGUGAUCCUACAGACUCUGUCAAUAAGCAGAUUCUCUAUUGGCAGCAUAAAACAAUGCAAAUGAUGUAUGAAAUUGUUUACAAGGCUUUAAAGGAGGUUGGACUAGAGAACAAGUAUGAGCCACAAGACUAUUUGAAUUUCUUUUGCCUUGGCAAUCGUGAGGCACCAGACAGGAAAGACAGUUUAGAUGCAGGAAAUCCAACUGCUGCAAGAACUUCUCAAGCUCUUACUCGGAAGAGUAGGCGUUUUAUGAUUUAUGUCCACUCAAAAGGAAUGAUUGUGGAUGAUGAGUAUGUCAUACUAGGGUCUGCAAAUAUCAACCACCGAUCAAUGUCAGGCACCAGAGACACUGAAAUAGCAAUGGGUGCAUUUCAACCCAAUCAUACGUGGAAAACAAAACAGUCUAGUCCCCAUGGACAGAUCUAUGGAUACAGGAUGUCAUUAUGGGCAGAGCAUACUGGAGUGUUGGAGGAAUGCUUCAAACAACCAGAGAGCCUUGAAUGUGUGAGACGGCUAAGGCUCAUGGGUGAGCUCAACUCGAAACAAUAUGCAGAUGAUGAUGUAACAGAAAUGAAGGGUCACCUAUUAAUGUAUCCUGUGGAAGUUGAUCGAACGGUCAAAGUGAAGCCUCUUCCUGGCUGUGAGACAUUCCCAGACGUGGGCGGGAAUGUAACAGGGGAUGUUCCUCUCAUUUUCAAAGAUCUCACUAUCUAA